AGUGUAGAGGAGAGCUCCCAGAUCAGCAUAUCUCUAGUAGGAUCAUCUGAACAGACGAUCUCGAAAUUUAAAUCUUUGGAACAUUGAGCGCACUCCGUGCAUCUUUUCAAGAUGGCGGCCAAUAAGCAAGGAAAGAUGCAAAACCUCAUCAACUACCGCAUGAGGGUGACGUUGAAUGACGGACGGCAGAUGACUGGACAAAUGUUGGCGUUUGACAAGCAUAUGAACCUCGUUCUCGCGGAUACAGAAGAGUUCCGCCGUGUAAAGCGCAAGCCGACGAAGGCACAGGCUGCUCCCGGCAGCACCGCUCCGGCUCUCGUAGAGUCUGAAGAGAAGCGAACACUAGGUCUUGCGAUCGUCCGUGGUACUCAUAUCAUUUCCCUCUCAGUCGAUGGACCUCCCCCCGCAGACCCUUCCGCGCGUCUUGGAACGAAUGCUCCUGGUGGCGCCGCAGGAGCAGCACCUCCAACGUUGGCUGCUGGACCUGGUAUUAGCAGACCUGCUGGUAGAGGACUUCCUCUCAGCGGUCCCGCCGCCGGUGUUGGCGGACCCGCCCCAGGUUUUGGAGGAUUCCCGCCCGCUGGCUUCCCUGGAUCCGCACCUCCCCCUGGAUUUCCUGGUCGCGCUGGCCCUCCUGGUUUCGCCCAAGGCUUCCCCGGUGCGCCUGCCGGUGGUCCUCCUGGAUUUUCUGGAGCGCCGGGCUUUCAAGCCCCUCCUGGUCAAGGCAGAGGAUUUCCCCCGCCAGGAUUUGGCGGCCGAUGAACGAUUUAGGACAUGGUUAGAUUCUCCAUUAAUCGUCAACUCUUACGCCGAACAGAUGGCGCGAGAGCUAUCAGUGCCUUUGUUUUCCCAUUAGACGAGCUUAAAGCCGCCGUUACCGUUUCUAUUUCUUGAGUCAUUCAAUUUUGGCGUUAGGGAGAAGGCUCCAACUGCUCUUGCAUUGCCAAAAGCGUUUCAUGGGAUGUACAUGGUCCAUUAGGGAAAAACAAAUCAAAUGCAUUGAGCA